AUGUUGCACAGUUCUUUACCGCGUGCGUUUCUGGCACCUGGAUUGAGCUACGUGGGCUACUAUGGCGACGAGAUCCAUCAAAAUCCGUACGGUACGCCAGCCACAUGGCACAUCCCCAUGGAGAAUCUCUCGACGUACUCGAGGGUACCUGAACAACACGUUCUCCAAUCGUGGGACAUGUCCAGGUCGACGACCCCGUGUCCCCUGGAUCUCUCCCUGAAGCCUCCACCUACACCGACAACACCGAAAAUCGAAGAUUUGGAGUCCAAGAAGGAUCAAAAGAUCCUGGACGAGCUGCAAAAUGAAUCCGAGACGGUCAAUAGAUACAGAAGAGCCAACGAAGAGUCGGGUUCCAUGGUGGUCGAGGAUUUCGAUCCAGUUCCCCGAUGCUCCUCGGUGACCAGUCACUCCAGCUACGAGCAACUGCUCUCGAAGAAAGAACCUCCACAGGACCCAGGUGACAAACCAUGCACUCUCGAGGAUGCAACGCGUCUGGUGCCGUUCACCGCGCUAAACGACAUCGCCACGAAGUCCUAUUACGCGCACGGCCAGAAGUUGAACGUGCUGACCAGCCCGAGUCAUCUACAUUCGAUCCAGAAUUAUCAUCAACAGCUGCUUCUGACGCCGCAGCAUCACCUGCCUGGUAUACAACACGCUCCAAUGACACCACCUAGUACUCCGUCCCCUCCACAGUGUCCUAGAAGGAAGAUCAGGGAGGAGGAUUCGAGUCCUACCUCGGGUGGUAGCAGUUCUGCUAUCAGCUCGAGGACCAGUGGUUCGACGGAGAAGCUAAUUGGUCAGAGGCCCAAGAAGAAACACGCGAGGCGAUUGAAGUUCGACGAAGAUACAAGCAGCCCAGUGUCAGGCACUGUUAUUUUGGGCCCUGAUGAGGCAGUGGUCACUGGGGACAUCGAUCCAGCUUUUAAUAUCGUUGAAGUUACCGAGGAGGCGCGAGCUGAACUGGCGAAGAUCGAAAACCGGCUGGGCCCCUAUCAGUGCAAACUCUGCAGGCAACUACACGAGGACGCGUUCCAGCUGGCCCAGCACAGGUGCUCCAGGAUCGCCCAUGUCGAGUACAGAUGCCCGGAAUGCGACAAGAGGUUCUCCUGCCCGGCGAAUCUGGCCUCCCAUCGACGCUGGCACAAGCCACGGCUAGCCAGCGGCGAGCACACCACAUCGAACGCGACCGGCAUCGAAAUCCCCUGCACCAGGUGCGACGCCAAGUUCACCAGACAGGCCGCGCUCAGGAAGCAUCUGAUCACCCAACAUCCGGAGACCAACAACAACAACAACAACGUUCUAUCGGAGAAUAAAGGCGGUACGGGUAAGGCUGAUAUCAUUCAGAUGGUUUCCGAGGGCACUUUGACCACGGAAAUGCCCUGA